ACAACAUUAAGUCAUAAUAUCACAAAUCAUAAAAGGUUUGUUCUCGUAUUUUUUCGUUAUUGUCCCUUUUCUCGGUCAUCUUUUUGGCCAUCUCUUAAAAGGCUUGAGUAAUUAUUUGUUUACUUUCCCCUGUUUUUUUUUUCCCUCUAUCGUAGACAUGAUGGGUAUUUCAGGGCAAGUCAGCUAGGUUGGGACGAUUGUCAAACGCGUCUGAAUAGUGUGGGAUCAUUUUAUUCAGCACGAGCUAGACGUAAUUCAAUUCAACUCUCCAACUUCCUAUAUAAACCCCCUUCUUGCUUCUCCCCUUUCAAUUCAUCCAUCCUUCACCUCUUUCAAGUUUCCUCUCCUGCAAUUUUUAGGCCAUUUUUCAUUUAAAGCUCAAAACUUUCUGAUUCUCUAGCACCCCAUUUCAGCUUCAUUACUGCUCUUGAGAAGUGCGUUAUUUUUAUUUUUAUUUCCUUUCUUGUCAGAAGGAGCGAAGAAAAAACAGAAUACAGUUAGGAAGUGUGGUCCUCAAUUAAUUACUCUGAUAAUAUCAUUUCAAUUGGACCGCCAAGAACUUCAAUUUUUUUCCCCUGCAAAGAAAAGCUCAGCUGAUUUAAGAAUUUUCUUCUGAUUUGUUCGGCAAAAAAGGAAAGAUGGUUGAGAACAAUUCAAACCCAUCGAAGUUGCAAUCAAGCUACAACCACUCCCAAGGAGGAUAUCAUGUCUCACUGGAUGUGGCUUCUUCUCAAGGUGGUUCCAAAUGUUUUGACGAUGAUGGACGGCUGAAGAGAACUGGGACUGUAUGGACCGCAAGUGCUCACAUCAUAACUGCAGUAAUUGGUUCCGGAGUUCUAUCUUUGGCUUGGGCCACAGCACAGCUGGGAUGGAUUGCUGGUCCAACUGUGAUGUUGUUGUUUGCAUUUGUCACAUACUACACUUCAAUUCUUCUGUCGGCUUGUUACCGAUCAGGGGACCCUGUUACUGGGAAAAGAAACUAUACUUAUAUGGAUGCAGUCAGAGCUAAUCUUGGUAUAUAUAUAUUUUUUCCUGAUGUAAUUUGGUGGAUAUUUUGAGCAUUUUAGGACAACUUGUUCAACUAGAAUUGACCGUGUUUGAAAUGUGUUUCUUUUUUCUUUUUUCUUUUUUUUUUCCAGGUGGGUUCCAAGUGAAAGUUUGUGGAGCAAUUCAAUACUUGAAUCUUGUUGGAGUAGCAAUUGGCUACACUAUUGCAGCUUCCAUAAGCAUGGUAGCUAUCAAAAAGGCAAAUUGUUUUCAUUCAAGCCAUCAGAAAGAUCCUUGCAAAGUUUCAAGCAAUCCUUACAUGAUCAUGUUUGGAGUUGCAGAAAUUUUGUUCUCUCAAAUCCCAGAUUUUGACCAAAUAUGGUGGCUUUCAAUUGUUGCUGCAGUGAUGUCUUUUACCUACUCUACAAUUGGUCUUGGACUUGGAGUUGGAAAAGUUGCAGAAUCUGGCAAAAUCAAGGGAAGUCUAACUGGAAUUAGUAUUGGAACUGUGACUGAAACCGACAAAAUAUGGAGAAGUUUCCAAGCACUUGGAGCUAUUGCUUUUGCCUAUUCUUACUCUCUUAUCUUAAUUGAGAUUGAAGACACAAUCAAAGCCCCACCUUCUGAACACAAAACAAUGAAGAAAGCUACUUUGAUAAGUGUGGCUGUAACCACGGUUUUCUACAUGUUAUGUGGUUGUUUUGGUUAUGCAGCAUUCGGCGACCUUUCUCCUGGGAAUCUGUUAACCGGUUUUGGUUUCUACAAUCCGUACUGGCUACUUGACAUUGCAAAUUUGGCCAUUGUUGUACAUCUUGUUGGUGCAUAUCAAGUCUAUUGUCAACCUCUUUUUGCAUUCGUUGAAAAAACCGCAGCAGAAUGGUUUCCCGAAAGCAAGUUCAUCUCUAGAGAUAUCGAGAUCCCAUUGUUUGGAUUCAAGUCAUCAUACAAACUCAACCUUUUCCGGCUAAUUUGGCGUACGAUUUUCGUCAUUUUCACCACUGUGGUUUCGAUGCUUAUGCCAUUCUUCAAUGACGUGGUUGGCAUUCUAGGUGCUUUUGGAUUUUGGCCAUUGACAGUAUACUUCCCAGUUGAAAUGUAUAUUGUGCAAAAGAAAAUACCAAAAUGGAGCACGAGAUGGCUAUGCCUACAAAUAUUAAGUGUUGCAUGUUUGAUUAUCUCAAUUGCGGCUGCUGCUGGUUCUUUUGCCGGAGUGGUUAGUGAUCUCAAAGUAUACAAGCCAUUCGAGACGAGUUACUGAUUUGUUUGAUCAUAAGUCACAAUUGUUUUCUUAUGACGAGAAAAGGAAAAGAUGAAGAUUUUAGGAUCUCAAUUCUUGAUUGAAGUCCAUAAACAAAACCUAAAAAGAGGAUUGUUACCUCUAAUUGAUCGAAACUAGUAGCUUACUUUCUUUUCUUACCUUUUCCCCUGGAAAAAAUGGGGGUCCAUGUAUGUAUGUAUCAAUUUGCAAUGAUCAUUUCAAAGAAAUAUCAGAAUAUUUCAUGCUUUCGUUUAGUUGACUUAUUUGAAAAUUUUGCAUUAAAAUUUCAUUCUGGAAGCUAGAAUUGUGCCCAUAAGGAUUAAGUUUCGAAAAAUCACAACCAAAUCUUUGUAUAUACUUGUAUUUAGCUGAUGAUAUUCUUUUCACCAUCGAGA